AUGAGAGGCUCUGGCAUGAAGGUAAACUUUCAUAAAAGCAAAUUGGCUGUUAUCUCUUUACAAGAAGAUGUUACUACUCGCUUUGCAUCUUUGCUCCACUGUCGAGUGAUGGCAGUUCCAUUUGUGUAUCUAGGCUUGUCAAUAGGAGGAAGCCCACAUAGGCUGUCCACGUGGGAACCGAUUCUGGUAAAACUGCUGACGGCUUUGCCGCUGUAUUUCAUCUCUUUUUUCAGGAUCCCAAAAGGGGUGACUGCAAAAUGCAAUCAAAUUAUGACCAGGUUUCUUUGGGGUGGGUCUGAAGAGGGGAAGAAGAUCCCUCGGGUCAGCUGGGCUAAUAUUUGUAGACCGAAACUUGAAGGUGGUUUAGGUGUGCGCGAUUUAGAUCUGUUCAAUGUCGCAUUACUUGGCAAAUGGAGUUGGAGGAUGCUUCAUGACCAUGAUCAAAUGUGGUGCAAGGUGCUGAUGUCAAAGUAUGGUAAAGGGCACAAUUCAAGAGCAUCCUCGUGGUGGAAGGAUUUGCUCAAGUCUUGUGUUGGGGAGCCUGCGGGAUUGUGGUUUGAGAAUGGCUUGUGUUGGAGGCUUGGUGAGGGAAAUUGCACGCAAUUUUGGGGGCAAGGGGAAUUUUCAGGCGAGAAAAUAUCCCAACUUGAUUCAAUGCUGAGAAUUGUUUCGUCAUUCACUCCAGUUAAAGGGAUGAGUGAUUGCGAGAGAGGGAUGGGAGUGGGCUGGAAGGUGCUAUUGAAUCGAAUUCAAACUCGAGACAAUUUGCUGCGAAGACAGGUCCCUAUUCCUGACCCCCGGUGUCCUUUAUGUAGUGUUGAUGACGAAUCUGUUGGACACUUGUUCUCCUCCUGUUCGUGCGUUUCACAGGUUUGGUCUUUGGUCUUGAAUUGGCUCGGACUAAGCUUUGCUGCCCCUGCAUCAGUGAAGGAUCAUUUUGUGCAAUUCUCACACUUGUGGCCUUCGAAUAAAAAAGCUGGCUUGUUCACAGUAUGGUUGGCGGUUAUAUGGCAAGUGUGGAUGGGGAGGAAUGAAAAAAUUUUCAAGGAUGGCUCUUUUGAUCCUGUUUCAGUUUUUGAGAUGGCACGUUUGAAGGCAUGGGAAUGGCUGAGAUACAAGACCAGUAGCUUUCUUCAUGGUACUGCUGAGUGGGUGAAUGAGCCUUUGGCUUGCCUGGAUGAUAUAUAA